UUCUCAUUACUCUACAUACAUUUGUUUGCAUAUUUUCACAAUGGCUCCUGCAGAUAGGAGGUGUGGAAAGAGUGAAAGAGCAUAUGUUACGUUCUUGGCCGGGGGUGGAGAUUAUGUGAAGGGAGUGAUUGGGCUUGCAAAGGGUCUCAGAAGAGUCAGAAGUUUAUACCCUCUUGUGGUUGCAGUUUUACCAGACGUUCCAGAAGAUCACAGAUUGCAGCUGCGCCGCCAAGCUUGUAUUCUUCGGGAGAUUGAACCCAUCAGUCCUCCCCACUGUGGGGUAGAGUUUGCCAUGGCUUAUUAUGUUCUCAAUUACUCCAAGCUUCGAAUUUGGGAGUUUGAAGAUUACAGCAAGAUGGUGUACCUGGAUGCCGAUACACAAGUCUAUCAUAAUAUCGAUGAUUUGUUCGAGAGGGAAGAUGGGUAUUUGUAUGGUGUUAUGGACUGCUUCUGUGAGAAGACAUGGAGUCAUUCUCCUCAAUAUAAGAUUGGAUACUGCCAGCAAUGCCCAGAGAAAGUGCAGUGGCCUCUUGAAUUUGGUGAACCUCCUCAUCUCUAUUUCAAUGCUGGGAUGUUUGUUUUUGAGCCUAGCAGAUUGGUCUUCGAUUCUAUCAUGGAGACAUUACAGGUUACAACUCCAACAUGUUUUGCAGAACAGGACUUUCUCAAUAUGUUCUUCCGGGAUGUGUACAGACCACUUUCCCCAGAGUACAAUCUUGUUACUGCCAUGCUGUGGCGUCACCCUGAGAAAGUUGACAUCCAUAGAACAAAAGUGGUCCAUUAUUGUGCAGAUGGAGCAAAGCCAUGGAGGUUCAGUGGGAAGGAGCAAAAUAUGGAUAGGGAGGACGUGAGAAUUUUCGUGGAGAGAUGGUGGAGUAUUUAUAACGAUUCCUCGUUGGAAGUCAAGGGAGAAAAUGGGGUUGAAGCAAAUUCAAGGAAAAUAAGAUCAUGGCCAUUAGGGGGUGCAAGACAACCCAAGUUCAGCCAUGCCACUCCAGCAGCCUAA